UGUAUUUAAGUAAACACCACUUCCUGAUUCACACGCGCGUGUUUACAUGUUGAAGUCCCGGGUGUCUAAAAUUCGAUCAUCCUGUCCGCCAUAAAAUUCCCUCCGUAAAUUCUGCUGAGGAGACCGACGGUGGAGUAAUCACAUCGAGACAUGCAAGAUGGCGAGUGCGGCGGGAAUUAUCAACCAUCGGCGGACCAUUCGCCAGGCCAGUCUCAAGUCGGCUGCCAGCGCAUCGGACAUCUUGAUGAGCAUGGGAUUUCCCAAGCACAGAGUAGAGAAAUCUUUGGCAGCUACAGGUCAUCAGGAUAUCCAACUAGCGUCAGACUGGCUGCUUGACCAUGUUGACGACCCUACGCUUGACGAGGCUAUCCCUCGGGAGUACGUCCUCUACGCCUGUCCCGUCGGACCCUUAGGCGAAUCCUUGGAUGAGUUCUGGACCAAAUCCCUGCAGCAUUGUGGCAGGAACGGAGCCCACAGCCUGCUACCACAUGUCACGCUGUGCUCAUUUUUCCCCUGUGACGACAGCAAGGUGGAGAUGCUGACCGCAGCCUUGCAGGAGGCCGUAGAGACCCUGGAAGACAAAGCCCCAGAGACCAUCAGCCUGGAGCAUUACUCCUCCAACAACUUCAUCGGUCUGUUCGUGGAGGAGACUCAUGCUGAAUUCAUGCGGAUCCUGACCAACCAAUUCAAAGCUGAGGCACUGGUCAAAGCAGGCGUGAAGGUGGACCCUCAUAAGAAGCAGCUGCACAUGACCCUAGCCUAUCAGUUCAACGCCGCGCACCACGACGUCCUGGAGAAACUAUCCAAGGAGGUUAACAUUGAGGCUGCGGCUCGCUGGGAACUCAGGCUGUAUUCCAGAGAUCCCCGGGCGGCUAAAACAGAGGUCCUGCGAGUCCUGUACUCCCACACACCGCGAGCCAACGAUGAGCUAGAACUCAUCCCCGACGACUACAUCUUCAUGUCCAGCUCAGACAACCGGGGCGCUAACGACGAUGGCUGGUACAAGGGAACCUCUCAUCAGACGGGACUGACGGGAAUGCUCCCUGGGAACUACACGGAGAAGGCACCGGAGUCUGAUACGUGGACUGUGCAUAGAGUGAUACCCCUGACCAAGUCCCUGAGUUCUAACCCAGCCUUGAUCAACCUGGAUGACAAAGUCCCCAGCCCCCCUACCCCCCUCGGUGCUGACGAACGCCGGUCCAGCCAAUACAAAACACCAGAGGGCCUCCUACAACAGUCUGAGGAGGAGGCCUCCAAAUAUGCAAAUCUCUUUAAGCUAACGAAGACGCCGGCGCGAUCCAACAGCAUUCCUCUUGCCACGACGACCGAUCUGCCCACUACGCCGCGCAGGCUGUUUGUGAUACGACACGCUGAGAGAGUAGACAUCACGUUUGGUCAGCAGUGGCUACAGCAUUCGUUCGAUGAUAAUGGAAAGUACAACAGGAAGAAUUUGAAUAUGCCAAAGAGAGUUCCGGUCCGGUCCGGUGGGUCACUGUCAUUCAGUAAGGACUCUCCUAUCACCGAGGUGGGCAAGUUCCAGGCAAGAUUGACCGGUGAAAGCAUGAGAGAAAACGGCAUCGUCAUAUCUCAUGUCUACUCCUCCCCGGCUCUCCGAUGCGUGGAGACUGCCAAGGCUGUCAUAGAUGGCCUGAAUCCUCUGGAGCCACUGAAGAUCCGAGUGGACACUUCCCUCUUUGAGUGGCUGGCCUGGUGCAAGGGUGUCUUCCCAAAAUGGAUGACGCUUGCCGAGCUGGAGGCCCACGGGCUGUCUGUAGAUAUGAGCUACAAGGAGUUGAUCUCGGCCUCGGAUCUCAGCCUGCAAGAGAACUGCCAGUCUUACUACAAGAGGGGAGACACGCUGCUGAGGCGGGAGAUCAAGGAGCACCCUAAAGGUGAUAUCCUGAUUGUGGGUCAUGCUAGUAGUCUAGAUGGAUGCACACGAUACCUGCAAGGUUUGUCAGCAAGACCAGCGCUAGAGUUCUCCAAGAUAGUACAGAAGAUCCCGUAUUGUGGAGCUGUCGCCCUUCAGGAGUAUCAAGACUUUGGUAUCUGGGAUCUGAUCACCCCGCCGUUUGCGACGCUGACGCACGCCCCCAACGGUCGCUUCGACUGGCACAUUAUGCAAGGAUAAAACUAAAAGAAGUAUGUCGGCGCAAGCAAUGUCUUUCAGAAUAAUUGAGCUGAAUAUAUAUAUUAUGAUGAUUUUUUUUAUGCAUAGUGCUCUGUAAAGCUGUAGAUAACAAAUCAGGAUUAGGAACAGGAAUAGGGAAAAUGUUAUAUAAAAGGAAAAAGGAACUAAUGUCUCUUGAUAUUGAAAGCGAAGCAGAAAAUUUGGCAGUAAGUCGUAUAUUUUUAUAGCGUAAACAUUUUUCUACAUGUAUAAUUAUAUAAUAAUGGAUGGCUUUGGGGGAUACAAGAAUAUUGCACGAGGUAUUGCAGCAUUGUUAUAGCGAGUGCAAUAUAUUCUUGUAUCCCCGAAAAAAGGCCAUCCAAUAUUAUUAUUUAUAUCAUUCUGACUUGAUCCGCAAACGUUUUGAAGACACUGUCUUUAUCUCUCUUACUGAAGCAAAUUUCGCGCUGCUCGAGGCUGCCAUUGUCAACAAUGGCAACAGUGUCAUUGUCAACAAAAGCAACAGUGUGCGUGUAUCCUUCUGUGCGCUGCGUCCGCGCCGCGUGCGACUGUUGACUGGCUGACAACUGUGAGUUUCUACACUCAUGAUUGUGCAGGAACCAACAAAAAUGCCCGGAUGAGAACAAUAUAAAAAAUAAUAGAAAGACCAGGGCCCAAUGUUUUAUAGCUGAUUUUCAAAAGUAAUACUGCUUAGUAAGUUUUCCAGCAAACAAAAUUGGCUGGAAACCAGUCAAAAGCAACAUACAUGUCAUGACCUUUUUGUUGGUAUCCUGCACUGCUUAUCAACUAUUUUUGUAUCAUGGUUUACUUAAGCACCAUGUGACAAGUCUCAUUGAAGAGUUUGUGAGGUUCUCAAAAGAACCGGGGGAAAGUCAAUGUUUCGGACAGUAUCCGCUUCGUUCACAAGUACCCCUUCACCGGCAAAGAAAGUACAGUUGGGGGUGAUGGAUGACGCCAUCUUGCCUGACUGCAACAUUUUGCCGCGAAGCGUGGCCACUGCGUGUACAUAGUACAAAUCCCCUGGUGUACGUGCAUCACACAAGGAAC